ACUGAAUUUACAAUAGUAAUUUGUUGAAUUUCGAUUUUUAUUAUCAUAAUUUAAAAUAUUAUCAAUGUACCAUUAAUAAAUAAUAUAAUAAUGUCAAAUCAUUAUUUAUUUCAAACAAAUCUAUUUCUACGACUCUGUUCACAAUAGUAACUAUAGAUUUUGAACCAAGUGGUAACUACUAGCACGGUUUAAGAUCGUUCUCCCAAGAAUCAAGGUUCACUUUAUAAUCACUAGUAGGUACGUUUCUGAAUUAAAAUACAAUUUAUUCAUUGGUAUCGAUUUCCAACUUAAUCGCUUUCUUAAAUGGCCUUUGAAAUUAAAAAUUCUGGUAAACCAAGACAAGUGAGGGGUACUACUGCAUACAAAUAUCGAAAUUUGUAUGUGUUUGGUGUAUUGGCUGUCAGUGGACUUUCUUGGUUCCUGUUUGAACAAUUACCAUCUACAAAAAUACUAAAUGAAAAAAUCAAAAAUGGUUAUUGGGAUCGUACACCAGAGGAAAAUUAUAGAUUAGAAAUGAUCAAAAAGAAUUUCAAUCCUGAUAAAAAAAAUUUGAAGGAUAGAAAAGAUGAAAUUAUGUCGAAAAAAGAAAAAUUUGUGCCAAUAAAGAUAUAAUUUUGUAUUUUUUUUUUUUUUUU